AAGGAAAAUCCUGUUUACGCGUGAAGGAAUUAUCGUAUUACUAAAGAAGUAACGCUCGCGUAAACGUAAUAAAAGGCCUGUUUGUUACGCAGUCACAUUGAUUUCGGUAUUAUUUUAAAUAUCUAUUAUAAUAAAGAGCAAGAUGGAUUCCCAAGAGCAAAUUCGUGUUGUGUAUACUUGUGGUUUGUGCGAAGAAAUUUGCGAGAAGAUUCCAGGCCAUCCCUGUCUAGAGGGUUACACCAGGCUUUACAUUGACCAGAAUCACUACUUUUACCCCAUGCUAGAUGAUGGAAAAAGUAUCGUCAGGCGGAGUAUGAUGCCAGGCAACAAAGAGGCAAUCGUUAUGGAUAAUCAGGAGAAUUUAAGUCCGAAUAUCCCUGAACCGGUCAGACUCUCCAAAAAAUCGACUGGAGUACCCAUCGCGAAAACUGCCCGAAACAAAAAACUGACCGAUGUAGAAGUGGAACUUCUCAUCCUGGAAGUGCAGAAACGGACUCCUUUAUGGGAUAUCUCAUCACCGUUGGAGAAAAGAAAUCGAGAGACUGUACGGCGUCUCUGGAAUGAAGUCUCCGUAGAACUGAAUGGCAAACUAGAUGGAGCAGAAGCUCAAAAAAAAUUUAAAAGCUUGCGAGACACAUUUCGAAAAUUUGUUCAAACUGAGCAGCAUGCCAGCGGUUCCGCAAGACCUGACAUCAAGGAGAAGUGGAAAUAUUACGACACGAUGGAAUUUCUGCGCGAUUCUUGCCUGUUACGACCAACCCACACAAAUGUGAGUCAGGAUUUGCAAGAAGAAGCUGAUCAUACAACUACACCAAAUGAUGACGACAGAGAUGACAUUAGCACCACAAUAUCAACUUCAGCAGACUCCCAUAAUAGAAGAUCUCGCAGAAACACAGUCACAGAUGAAGAAUCUGCAAGCGCAAUAAAUAGAAUCGCAGAUGCCUUGUCUAGAGAGGAGUCAAAUGUCGUUUUACCAGCGCCCCCUCCAUCGGAUGAAGUUGACGCCAUGUUGCAUGCAGCAGGACUUCAAUUGCGUCGACUACCGUACGCGAGGCGGAUGGAAACACUUUUGGACAUCGUACAAAUGGUUCACACUCGAGUGAUGAAUAAGGAAACGCAAUAAAACGAAUAUCGAGGAA